AUGUUUUGGGAUCUGAUCUUACCUUUAUUUAUUCCUGCGGCGUUGGUGUUAUUUUUUAGGAUACUGAAUAAACCGUAUAAGCCGGCGAUAUUCGGUGUUUACCAGCAAAGGAACAAGUUCUUUUGGAUAAAAUAUAUUUUUAUGUACUUAAUUUUAUCCUUUAGACAGUUGGUAAACCACAUAAGACGUAUAUUAGCCGUGGAAACUGGCAAAAGUAGCGAUGGUGUUCAACAUGUACACAAGCAAGAUGAAGUGUUGGAAAAUAAGUAUUAUCUAGGCGAUCAUGCACAGGGCAUCGAUGCGGUGUAUCUGAAUGGCUGCAACAAGGACGGUGAUGCUGUUAUUUGUGGAAUCGCGAGGAGGCCGAAACAUGUUGUUGAUGCUUUCCUGUUCUUAAAGGUCAAAGGAGAAGACCUCCUCUUAUCCCCUGAGUUACCAGACACAUACCAAGAACAAGUGACAAUUGAAGAGGGUUACUACAGGGUAAAGGGAUUAGAAAUUGCCAAUUUUAUUCCUAUGCGCACAUGGAAACUAACUUACAACGGCGAUAUGAAAGUCAGAAACGACACAGAGAAGACAGUGAAAGUAGAAUUGGAGUUGACAUGGAGUGCAGUAUUUUCUCAUUUCAACUACGACACACAGAUGUCGCCAAAAUCAAUGGCUCGAGAUUUAGCCAAAGAAAAAUGGUCGAGAGGCUACUUCAAAUUACUUAAAAAGUUCCACCAAACACAUUACGAGCAAAUGGGAGUUCUAGAGGGAACCGUCACAAUUGAUGGUAAAGACCACACCAUAUACCAUGCGUCAGGGAUCAUAGUUUUGGACCCUUCAGAGACUGGAAAACGUUCCACCGCUACGUGUAUCAUUUCAUUUUCCUGGAAAAUGGAGACUGUAUGGCCAUUGGUUCAGUGUGUCAGCCUGCUGUUUUAUCACAUCUAACAAUCGGCUACCUCUGCCGUCAGUCGGAUCAAUCAGUGCUCCCAGUAGAGUUCUGCGACUUCCAGUUGUACCAACAUGGAGAACAUCAGAUCUUGCCCAAGGACUAUGGGUUCUGUUUCGAAGCUGGCGGUAAAACAUACGCAGUUCGAGUCCAAGUUGACGAUGAAGAAACAUUCUAUAUUGGCAAGUCAAGGGACGCCAAAUUUUACGAGAGAUGGUGCAGUGUCGAAAUUAACGGAGUCAAGGGAUCUGCGUGCGUCGAGUGGCAUUAUAACAACGUACAGGCGAACAGUAAAAGGAAAAAUGAAUAA